GAGAGAGAGAGAGAGAGACGGAACGAUGGUUUCUAUCAUCCCCGACUUGGACCCUCGGAAGAGCUGGAAAGUUUUAAGUGAGACUGCCACAGACUUAUCUGGAAUCUUUCCAAGCAACGGCACAGCUAACAAAAUGAAUGGCGCUCUGGAUCAUUCAGACCAACCAGACCCUGAUGCCAUCAAGAUGUUUGUUGGACAGAUCCCCCGCUCGUGGUCGGAAAAAGAAUUGAAAGAACUUUUUGAGCCUUACGGAGCUGUUUACCAGAUCAACGUUCUCCGAGAUCGGAGUCAGAACCCACCCCAAAGUAAAGGUUGUUGUUUCAUAACAUUUUAUACCAGAAAAGCGGCACUAGAAGCUCAGAAUGCGCUGCACAAUAUUAAAACUUUACCUGGGAUGCAUCAUCCCAUUCAGAUGAAGCCUGCAGAUAGUGAAAAGUCCAACGCUGUGGAAGACAGAAAAUUGUUCAUAGGAAUGGUUUCGAAGAAGUGUAAUGAGAACGAUAUCAGAGUGAUGUUUUCUCCAUUUGGCCAGAUAGAAGAAUGCCGAAUCCUUCGGGGACCAGACGGACUCAGCCGAGUGCACAGCUUCAAUACGGAGUCUAGCCGAGGCUGUGCGUUUGUCACGUUUUCGACAAGGGCAAUGGCACAGAAUGCAAUCAAAGCUAUGCACCAGUCCCAGACCAUGGAGGGCUGUUCUUCACCAAUUGUCGUGAAGUUUGCUGAUACCCAAAAGGACAAAGAGCAAAGACGUUUACAACAGCAAUUGGCACAACAAAUGCAACAGCUCAAUACUGCCACUUGGGGAAACCUUACAGGCCUUGGAGGAUUUACCCCACAGUACCUGGCUAGAUUAGACAUUAAUAUGGAUUUACAGCAUCGGCUCUGGGGACCUUCAUUCCAACACCAGGCAGAAGCAAGAGACUGUAUAAAUCUUCUGCAGCAAGCAACAUCCUCCAGUAACUUGGGUGCCUUCAGUGGCAUUCAACAAAUGGCCGGAAUGAAUGCUUUACAGCUACAAAAUUUGGCAACCUUAGCAGCUGCAGCGGCCGCGGCCCAGUCCUCAGCCAACACCACCAAUGCGAAUCCACUCUCCACAGCAUCAGGGGCCCUUGGUGCGCUCACAAGCCCAGUGGCUGCAUCAACAGCAAAUUCCACAGCUGGGGCAGCAAUGAAUUCUUUGACUUCUCUGGGGACUCUACAAGGACUAGCUGGAGCAACGGUUGGAUUGAAUAAUAUUAAUGCACUAGCAGUUGCUCAAAUGCUCUCAGGUAUGGCUGCCCUGAAUGGAGGACUCGGUGCAACAGGCUUGACCAAUGGUACAGCUGGCACAAUGGAUGCCCUCACCCAAGCCUACUCAGGAAUACAGCAGUAUGCCGCUGCGGCACUGCCCACACUAUACAGUCAAAGUUUGCUACAACAACAAAGUGCUGCAGGCAGCCAGAAAGAAGGUCCAGAAGGAGCAAACCUUUUCAUUUAUCAUCUCCCACAAGAGUUUGGAGACCAGGACAUUCUGCAGAUGUUUAUGCCUUUUGGAAAUGUUAUUUCUGCUAAGGUCUUCAUUGACAAACAGACUAAUCUGAGCAAGUGUUUUGGUUUUGUUAGCUAUGACAAUCCUGUCUCGGCACAAGCUGCAAUACAGGCGAUGAACGGCUUUCAAAUCGGCAUGAAACGCCUGAAAGUACAGCUGAAGCGCUCAAAAAAUGACAGCAAACCUUACUGACCGUUCUCCCAGAAGCUUUCUGCUCUUAAUUUAGUUUCCUUAGGACAUCUUCAUGCCCGUUAGUUCAUCGUUUGCCUAGCAUGUCCCUGUGACGUCUUAAAAAAGUUUCAUCGUCCCGUCAUUGUUUCUGAUGUCUUUCUGACCUCACAUCAUAAUUUGGUUCUCCUACUGAUCUUUGAUCUAUAGUUUGAACCUUUGAAAUUUGCAUGUGACCUCAUCUAGCUAUAUGAAUUCUGGGAAGUCAAUGUGAAAAGCAUUGCUGCAUUUAUGCAAGAUCAAAAUUUGUUCAUAGUCAAAUUUAUGAUAGGAGUAUUAACACACACAAACACACACACACACACACACACACACACACAAAACCUGUGGCAAAAUGUUUUGUUUAAAGUUUUCGAUGUUCCUUUUUUCCUUUUUUUCCCCCUUUUAUUCUUUUCUUUUUUUCUGUAAAAAAAAAAAACAGACUUGAAAGUAUUAGAAUGAGGCUGGCAUUCUAGCUGGCCUCUUAAUGACAUAGCAAUAUGUGUCCACACAGGCACAGAAUGUUGGUUUCUAACAGACUACUUCCGAAAUAGUUUGAAAUGAAGAACUGUCUGAUUUUAAGUCUCUAGAGGUCUGUAAUAGUUUUUACAUUUUUCAGGCAGUGUAAAGUUUUUUGAUAAGGCCAUUUUAGGUGGCUCACUUUCUCAUUAAAAAUAUAUAUAUAUAGAACCACUUUUUGUAGAUUAGUAUAAAAAAUAUUUACCCUGUUUUAGGGCAAAUGCUACCUAUUUGUCACCUUUUGCUGAACUGAUUCACAAGUUAGACAAUCCAUGAAUUAAUGCACAUGAAAAUUACCUAUAUUUUAUACUGUUUCGAUGUACAGGAGAAAGGUUAUUGUAAGCUAUUGUUUCAUUUGGUGCUUUUGUGAAUUAAGUUGUGGUCUCAUCAUUGGGGGGGGGCUCCUCAUGGUCUUUAAGUGUUCUGUGUUUAUAAACAACAGGUUUGAAAUUGGUUUUUACUUGAAGAUCAACAACAGAACAAAAAAAAUGAAUUUCAAAAAAUGAAAAAAAAAGUUGUUUGCUUAAAAUUUAAAAAAAAAAGUUUUCAUGUGAAAAAUAAAAACUAUUCCAGACUAAGUUUGUGUUGGCUUCUGUGAGGCAUUGAUGUCAAUUUUUUAAAAAAUAUUAUUGUGGACAAUUUCGAUGUGUUUGUGUUCAGCAAAAUGUGAUUCAGUUUUCCUUUUAAAUAAAUAAUAAGAACUCAGUGGGGGGAAAAAAUUAGUGCCAAAUUCCAAAGGUACUUCUCUUCCUAGAGCUUCAGUGUGUUUCUUGUGUGAAGUAAUUUGAUAACAUGGGUAUUUUAUUAUGUGUUUUGUAUAAAUCCCUAAUAUUUAAAGGAAAAAAAAGAGGUUAAAAAGUUUGUUAACUUGCUAUCCUGUGGUCUUGUUGCCUGAAAUUGUUGUUGUUUGUUAUUUCUCUUGGAUGUUUUUUGUAAAACAUUGUAUAAGUGCCCAUGUUUCCCUUUUCUAACCAUUCUGCGCAUCAAUGCUGUGAAUGCAAACCUCACAAUGUAACUUCCUCAUAAUGUAUGGAAACCUCUAAGGUGAGAAAGUUUUGAACUUUUAACCCUUUCCACCCAGAGCUGUCUUGAGAGUUAAUACUUUUAUACAUUCACCAUUUUGCUCUUUAUUUUUAUAUACACAUUACACACACACAUACAUAUUUGUGCGUGUAUAUUCAUACACAAAUAUGCACACACACAUACAUACACACACAUACACAUAUGCACAUACACACCUAAUUUUUUUUGUGCUUUAUUUAAUACAUGGUUGAAAUCAGAAAAAUGCACAGAGCAGAUCUGAAGGACGAAAAAAAAUAUUUUACUGCUGUCUAAAGUUCUUCUGUAUCUAUAACUAAAAAAAAUAUUUAGAAAUUAUAGAACUCCUUUGUUUUGUUUUGUUUUUUAAAUCUUUUCUUAAAAAGAGCUUUUAAUAUGCUGCUGGUAUAUGAUAUUCUGUAUUUAAAAAGUAAAAAUAAUUCUUUAAUUAUAUAUUGUGUAACCACUCCUAGAUAGGAGAAUCGAACCCACAAUUUGAAAGCAUAAAAAAAAUAUUUUUGUAAUAAAAUUAAAUGAAUUUUUGAUUAAAUCCAGCGCACUAGAACUUCCUGGAUGAAAUUUUCUUGUGCACUCCAGUUAAACUCCUUUUUAUGGAUGAGGUUUACACACGUCUAUGCUCUGAUGUGCUAGCUGCCAUAUUUGUACUAUGUUGGUCCAGAUGCAAUAGAUACAAAGUAGAUAUAGCAGUAUCUUUUAUUAGCAGGAUUCAUUCCUGGUAGUUAAUGAACAUGCAGGUUUCUGACUUGUAGCAAAUCCACAAAAAGGCAGAAGCAAAAGAUGGCUCUGUAGUCCCUCAACCUGAGAACAAAUCACAGUAGCCCAAAAUCUGUUUUUGUGAACGCAGGUCUUUAGAGUUUCUGGGUGGAUGCAAGCUAUUGAUGCUCUGAGAAGCAAUUGCAUAUGUGGUGGUUGACAUGUAGGGUCCCCGCUGAGGUGAGAUUGGCCCUGCUGCCCAUGACGUUAUGGGGCUGCUGCAGGCCUUGGGAAGCUGACUAUGGAAGCUGGCUACAAUAGUGCACUUAAAAUAUAUAUCUAUAGAUGGAGCUUCAGUUGUCACAGCCAUCUUGAUCUUUAUGAUCGUGCAUGAGGACACAUCUGGUAUUUGCUAUGACAUCAUCCUUUGGGUGACACCACUCAUUCAUUCCACAAGCAGCUUGAACCCAUGAGCUGAGCUAAUAGCACCCAUAUAUCCACAGUUGAAGGCGCUGCAGUUCACAAAAGUUUCUGCCAUUGUAAAUAUGACCAUCUUUAAGAGGCCCACGGGAUUUCACCAUUUUUACUCAGUAAAAAACAAGACAUGGAAAAGCUGCAGGGGAUUAAUUUAAUUUUGCUACAUAAGGCAGUUACAGAGUUGGUAUGUUUAUUGCUCCUGCUGGGUUCUGUUCACUUCUGCACAACUCAGAAAGCUGCAUGUUCCCUCAGUAGAAAAUUAUGAAACAUAAAGGUAGUUGCUUGGCUAUUUUGUAUCUCUUAUUAUCUGUGGUAAACAAUAUGUGGGCACGACCCUGCAAGCAUGUACUGUACUACUUACUUACUAUCUGUUCACAUCAAAGGGAAAGUUCUGCAAAUCCUUAGAUUUUGCAGAACAAUAACGAAGAAACUAAGGAAUGAUAACACUUCAUUGCCUUGUUUCUUUUAAGUUGGAUCGAACAGAAUAGCACUCCUAUUCAUCAACUAAAUUUUGGUAUUCUGUAAUGGCAAAUAUAAACCUCUUUCCAAGCCAAAAUUAUUUCAGCAGCUUUUCAUGCUACUGAUUUUUUUUUUAAAAAAAAGUGCCAAAAUCAUUUCCUAUUGUCUAAUCCUUUUCACUCUCAUUUAAAACAUCUCCCAUUUUUCCUCUUUCCCACAAUUCCCCAUAUAAAUUAUUUUUUUAGAAAUCAGGUGAUAAUCUACCCAGUUUGCUUUUACAUUCUUUCUAAAGAGGGAGGAGAAAGUAUUUUUACUUUUAGAGAAGCCGUGGAUGGCAAGCACUCCAAAUAAUGGAAUUCAAAUAAUGCAGGGUGGGAGAGAAGAAAGCAAGAAAAAGAAUUCAAACACAGAGACAUUCUCAGUUAAUAGAUAAGUGCUCCACGAUUGUCUUGUGUUUCUUCUUCUGGGGCAUUGCUGAACCCUUGAGGGCUAAUUUUGUGCUUGUUACACCAUUUUUCUUGCUCAAUUGUUGACACAGUAAUAUAAUAGGAGAUCAUGAAACAUUUUUCCAGGACAUUAUUAUAGUACAGUAUCUAAAAUUUCCCAAAUAAUUAUACUGUUUGAAAAUCAGAUCCCACGUAAGAAACCUCAUACCUCUUUCACGUCAACUAUGGCUUGUUGCGAAACCCCAGAUCAAACCUGUUAAAAUGGCAGCCACAUGUGUAAUUAACUGCACUUAGAUGGCAACACAAUUAUGAAUGCCUUGUCCUGCUGGUGCUAAACUCCAUAACUUCUCUCUUAUGAAUUUGCACCUAUCCAAGUGGGAAACUUUCUUCUCUCUCUCUCUCUCUCUCUCUCUCUGUCAGUCUCUCUCUCUCUCUCUCUCUCUCUCCUUGCCAGCCUCAUUGCUCAUUAUUUCCCAGGCAUUGUUCAUUUCGCAGCCCCAAGGGAACUCUUGAUUUUCAAAGAGAAGUUUAAUUUGCAAUAUUGGUCCAUUUUCCUAGGGACAAAGUACUGGGAGGAAAAGAAGGAACAGGCAUAAACAGGAAAUAAAAGCUGUCACUUUUUCAA